ACAUGACUUCAGCUACUUAUCCCGCCAACGUUUAUAGACUCCACUCAGACACCCAAACCAUCUACAAAGCAACGUACCUUGAAGAUGAUCAACCAGACCGAUCAACCGCUCGCCCUAGGAAUGCAUCCGGCUGACACGGUCGACAAUGACAACAAGCACGACGACCUGGCCAAGGAAGAGGUCGUUGUGGCUCCUUCCAUCUAUGAUCAUACCACUCACCUCGAGCAGGAAGAUCAGGCUCCCCCGGUCACCAAGAAGGAGUUAUGGUCUUACUAUCUGUACUACCAAGGAGACUGUGGAACUGGACCUAAUGGUUAUGCGCCGACUCAGUUUCAAAACUUGAUGACCCAAGCCUCCUACUCCCUCGCCGACGGUCCCGCAGGCGCCGGCCAAUGUAAAGGAGACUCCGCCCACUGUUUCCUCCCCUUCGGAUCAGGCGAACGAUCCGUCUCCUCGAUCUUCCUCCUCGCCAACGGGAUCUCGUUCGCCAUCAUGACACUGGGGUUCACGACUUUCGGAGGAUUGCAGGAUUAUAAGACUUACAACAGGUGGUUCUUGAUGGGCUUGACCAUAGUCUGUUGGGCGAGUUGCUUGGGAUUCUUGGGGGUCAAGGAUGGGAGCGAUUGGAGGGCGGCCAUGGCGCUUUACAUGAUCGGGUAUAUCACCUACGGAGCCACCUUGGUCUUCUAUGCCGCCAUCUUCCCACGUCUCGCGCGAGCGCUUCCUACCGAACGUGAGAACCGCGACAAAUUGAGGCAAGGAGAGAUCACCUUCGAAGAGUUCGAAAAGAGGUCGUCGAUGAACAGGAACAUGGUCUCUAGUAUCUCUACGGCGCAUUCCAAUUGGGGCUACCUGCUCACCCUCUCCCUGAACUUGUCCAUCCUACUCCCCCUGGCUUCUUCCAACCAAGUCAACAACUACGUCAUCGCCCUCUGUACCGUCUACUGGAUCAUCCUAGGUGUCCCCUGGUUCAUCUUCCAGAAGACUCGUCCCGGUCCCGACCUUCCUAAAGGUUCCAACGUGGUUACCGUCGGGUGGCAACAGAUCAUCGUCGCCGUCAAGGAGAUCCGAAAGUUGCCGCAGACUUUCAUCUACUUGGGAGGAUUCUUCUUGCUCGCCGAUGGGUUGAACACGACGGGGACGAUGGUGAACAUCGUGCAGAACAACAACAUCGCGUUCUCUUUCUUGGACUUUACCUACCUCGGGUUGGUCCAGGCCGGGUGCUCUGUGUUGUCCCUCUACGCUUUCUGGUACAUUCAGAAAUGGUUCAGGCUCGACACCAAGGUCAUGUUCACCGUGACUAAUGUUUUCAGUUGUCUGAUCCCUCUUUGGGGAAUGAUCGGCAUGUGGACUGACAAGAUUGGCUUCCACAACCGAUGGGAAUUCUACAUGUACAACGCCGUCUUUGGCUUGUUCCAGGCGCCGUACUAUGCUUAUUCUCAGACCAUGUUGUCCGAGAUCUUGCCGCCUGGAUUCGAGGGUACCUUUUUCAGUCUUUUCGGUCUGACCAACCGUGCGAGCUCCAUCAUCGGGCCCAACGUAUUGUCCGCAAUCAUCAGCGCUUCGGGCAACAACUAUACCGGUUUCGCCUUCCUCUUUGCGCUCUGCACUGCAGCGACCCUCCUUUUGGUGAUCUUUGUCGACGUCAAGAAGGGUCGUGCGGAUGCUCUGGCCUAUGCCGAGAGGAAGAGGGCGGAGCAGUAUCAGUCGAACGACCAUAUCGAGUGAGACAGCGAGGCGUUUUAGCCUUCUUGAAGAGGGUCAUCCGGUUCGAAGUUUGUGCGCAUGUCAAGGUUGUUCAUUGUACGCAGCGGUGGAUUCGAGGAAACUUUGUAUAGGUAGCUGGAUCGUUUGUAACCUUCCUUUUCAAAUGUCGUGAUACGAAACCGUACUUUGCAGCG